GAUGAACAAGAAAGUGGAGCUGAAAAGCCCUCGAAGCAAUCGCAGAGAUUUCAAAACCACGUAAGGUGGAGCGAUCGCCGGAGUCUCCCGUCCGGCGAGAGACCAUGAAGAGAGAGCUCCGGCAGACCAUCGUCCUCGACGACGGAGACGACGCCGAUUACGACUUCCUCUCCCAGGUCGCCGAGGCCGAGGCCCGCGCUCUCUCCUCGAAAGCCACCGCCAAGCGCGCCAAGCCCGCCGCCGCCGCCGCCGCCGCCCCCGCUGCUCGCGCUCCCGCCGAUGCCGGACAAGCCAAGCCGCAAGUUAAAGGAGCGUACCUCGCUGCUCUGAGAGGGGACGAUGCCUCCGGCCUGUGGCGCGAGCAGCAGGGCAAGUUCGCCGGCGCGGGAAGCCGGCUCAAGGUCGUCGCGGCCGAUGGCGCUAAAGUUGGCGGCGAUCGGUUAGGGCUCGGCGGCGGCGGCGGCGGGGAUAACGCGUGCUUCAAGUGCGGUAAGUUAGGGCACUGGGCGCGGGAUUGCGACAGUGCUCCGGUUGCAGGAGGGGCGCAAUCAGGGGCGCAAUCGAGCGAGCCUCAGAAGACGUGCCCCUGCGGGUUGGGCGAUUGCUUGGUUCUCACCGCGAAUACGGAGAAGAACAGGGGCAGGAAGUUCUACAAGUGUCCUGUGAGAGAGGAAAACGGGGGAUGUGGUUUCUUCGAGUGGUGCGAUAAUGCUUCUGGAGCAACCCACACGCCUAAUAUGUCUUUCGAUAGUCACAGAAAUUCUCAAUAUGCAGAUCUUUUAUGCCCAUGUGGGGCUGGGUCUUGCUUAAUCUUAACCGCAAAAACGGGGAAAAAUGUGGGGCAGCAAUUCUAUCGGUGUCCUGCAAAUCAGGGCUGUGGUUACUUCAAAUGGUGCAAUGACCAUAUGGCAGCAGCUAGUCUUCCAGCAAGUGCCGUUAAGGUCAAUAACAGCUUCCAUGACUCGGGCAGCAAAAGCUAUGGCACAAGUGGAUCAUCCUGUUUCAAAUGUGGCGAGGAGGGACAUUGGGCGAAGGACUGCUCUUUGCCUGCACGUGGCAAGGAGGGACAUUGGGCGAAAGACUGCUCUUUGCCUGCACUUGACUAUUCUUCCGCUUCAAGUGGAAGUGGAAAGUUAUCCACACCUGGUUCUUGUUACAAGUGCGGCAAGGCAGGGCACUGGGCAAAAGAUUGCCUUCCUCCUAGAUAUGUUGGGGGGAAGGCACUAACAUCGUGGCAGAGGCAGUAGCACUUUUUGCCGUCACACUGGGAUGUUAAAAAAGAAGGGAGUCUACCGUCUGAUAUUUGCUCUCAUGCAUACGUUUAAGGAACUUUGUGCUUGCUCUGAUGUGAUGAUUUUCCUACCCUUGAGAUUUCUAAAAACUCUGCUGGUUAGACCGUCCUUUUGCUUCCCUUUCUCAAAACUACAGCCAGAGAAGUGGCUUUUGAAUGUUAGUGCAAAGGUUUGUUUCAUGCCUUUAUGGAAGUAGCUUGAGCUUUUAAUAGUUGAAAUGGCUUAUUUAA